GCGCUUCUACUGAGCUGCGGAAAGACAGAAGUGGAGCGCGAGCACGGGAGAGGGAGUGCGUGCCGGGUUUAUUUGUAAAAUUAACAAAAAUGCAGAUUAAGAUGUUGUGUCAAAUUGUUUCUGUCGCAUUGUUGGCGCUUUCUGUUAAUGCAGCCGUCUAUUUUCAAGAGCAGUUUCUGGAUGGAGAUGCCUGGAAAAGUCGGUGGGUGAAUUCUGAACACAAAUCCGAUUACGGGGAGUUUAAACUGACUGCUGGUAACUUCUAUGGGGAUGCGGAGAAAGAUAAAGGUCUGCAAACCAGUCAGGAUGCCCAUUUCUAUGCCACCUCUGCCCGCUUCGAGCCCUUCAGCAAUGAAGGCAAAUCCCUGGUGAUCCAGUUUACCGUCAAACACGAGCAGAAGAUUGACUGUGGUGGUGGAUAUGUUAAAGUCUUUCCUGCUGAUCUCAACCAGGUUGAAAUGCAUGGAGACUCCCAGUAUUACAUCAUGUUCGGACCCGAUAUCUGUGGCUACAGCACUAAGAAGGUUCAUGUUAUCUUCAACUACAAAGGGAAGAAUCACCUUAUCAAAAAAGAAAUCAAAUGCAAGGAUGAUGAACUGACUCACUUGUACACACUGAUCCUGAAUCCAGAUCAGACUUAUGAGGUAAAGAUCGACAAUGAAAAAGUGGAAUCCGGAUCUCUGGAGGAGGAUUGGGACAUCCUGCCCCCAAAAACGAUCAAGGACCCCAACGCUAAGAAACCCGAAGAUUGGGACGAUCGUGCAAAGAUCGAUGAUGAGACUGACACUAAACCUGAGGACUGGGAUCAGCCUGAGAAUAUUCCUGAUCCUGAUGCUAAGAAGCCAGAAGACUGGGAUGAGGAUAUGGAUGGCGAGUGGGAACCUGCCGUGAUCCCGAACCCAGAGUAUAAGGGUGAGUGGAAACCAAAACAGAUCGACAACCCAAACUACAAAGGAGUUUGGGUGCACCCCGAGAUCGACAACCCCGAGUACAGCGCCGACGCCGAGAUCUACAAAUUUGACAACAUUGGAGUACUUGGGUUGGAUCUCUGGCAGGUGAAGUCUGGCACUAUUUUCGACAACUUCCUGAUCACAGAUGAUGUGAAGGCAGCUGAAGAGAUUGGAAAUGAAACGUGGGGUGCUACAAAGGGUCCUGAGAAGAAGAUGAAAGAAGAACAGGAUGAGAAGAAAAGGAAAGAGGAAGAGGAGAAAAACAAGGAGCAGAGCACAGAAGCUGAUGAAGAUGAAGAAGAGGAAGGAGGAGAGGAAGAGGAGGAAGAUGAGACAGACGAGCUUCCAGAAGAGGAAGGAGAUGAUGAGACAAUUCCCAAGGAUGAACUAUAAAACAUGAAGGGAUUAGUCGGCUUCGGUGAUGGCCAUGAAAUCAUGGAGUACAUUCGUUCAAAAUGUGAUGUCGUUUGAGAUGGGACUCGACCCCACUCAUGAUGUCACGGGGGGACCAAAGGCAGUCCUCAACUCAUAGAUUAAUUUAAAAGGCAUAAUUUCACGAUUUUAUCUCUUGCGUCCAGCCGCUUAAAGAGUCCAAUUUGUUUUUUUUUUAUUGAAAUGUCUUAUUCUCUCUAGUACCAGAAGUCUGAUGUUAGUGACCUACAUGAGUAAUCACCUAAAAUCAUUUUUUGUGCCUUACGUAGUUAAAGUAGAUGAUUUUAAAAGGUGGAGAUUUCUCAUGUAUUAUCAGUCUUUCUGUACAUCUACAUUAAGGGUGAUGGUCUCUGUUGUGUUAAGCUGGAAUGAAGGAACUAGUCUGAAUUACUAAAGUUUACAUUUGUGCUUGUAAAAAAAGAUUUCUGGACACAUUUUACACAAUUUACAGCCUGCAUAGUUGUUUUUCCACAUUACAAAGUUGUUGCAGCUACAAUGAAAUGGAAUUGGGGAAAUUUCCCCCCCUGUUAUUUACAAGACAGGAAAUUCAUUCUGCUUGUAUUUCAUGAAUGGCCCAGUAAGUGUUUAUACUAUAGUGCAAAUGUAAUUUAAUUUAAUUUAAUUACAUCAUGUUUCUUUGGCACUGAUUUUUUAUUGUUUUUUUUACUGGAUGCUGUGGUUAUUAAUUUCCUAAACAAGAUGUUCAGUAAGAUUCCUUUUAUUUUCCAGCUCUAUUUAUUACAUUAGACAAAUAGUUUUGCGUUACAAAUGGUUCUAGGAGUAACAUUAAGUAACUGAUGCAGUUUUUUAAAUAAAUUACUAAACUUUUUGUUACUUGAAAGUCAGAUCAUAUGUAUAAAAGGGAAGUGGUAAGACACUUUUAGAGAUUAAGACCACAACAAAAUAAUCCUUUACACACUGUGAACUCAAAAUGUUAAUAUUGAAACGAUACUGAAAAUCCUGUUAAGUGACAUUAAACUGCCUUUUUUACACAUCAAGAGUUGUAAUUAAUGCCAAAGGUUUAAUAAAGAAAUUUAUUGAAAAAUCAA